AUGGAGGGACUAUCUACUAGACCGAACAAACAUCUGCCGACUCAUAGGGAAAUCCAACGCCUCAAGACAGGCUGCCGCAGUGCAAGGCACGGCAAGCCAAGUGUAACUAACAGCGGCUGUCUUGCCGGCGCUGCACCUCUGCAGGCCGCGAAUGCAUGGGAUACGGUAUUUGGGGUGGUGGACAACAUCCAGGCAGCGGCCCCUUGA